CAGACCAGUGGCGCCGGUGCUCGGUGCUCUAGACACAGCGUUAAUUUAAAGAUGUAUCAUAAAUGUUUCAGUAUUCCAUAUUGAAAAAUGGAUUGUCAAUCAACAGAUAUAUUUGAAAUUUAUAAGUUGUUUUCAUCAUUGACAGAAAAUGGUAUUACGGAAAUGGAUAAUUGUUUUCAGAUACAAUCAUCUAAACUAGAUACUAUUUAUAAUGAGUUAUUACAAUCAGCACAGAAUGUGCCUGAAAAAAAUAUAUCCAAAAGACAAUCAAAAACAAAAAUUGAUCAGGUUGGAGAUCUCUUUGCGGCUGAACCAAGUUUUCAACAACCAGCUGUUCCACCUGUUCGCAGAACUACAAGACAAGCCUCAAUUAUUGCAUCAGAUAAAAUAAAAGGCAUUAGAGAAUCAUCAACUAUCAGCAGUUUUGGAUCUUCUACAAGAGCCAGCCGAGCAAGAGCUUUAUCUACUUUUAUGGAUAUAGCCUCUAUUGCUUGUCCAACAGCGAAUUCAACUUUUGUAAUUGAUAAAAAAGUUAAGAGAAAUUUUGAAGAACCUGUAUCUCCUGGAAUGUUUUCUCCAGAUAUUGGAACCCAUAUAAAGGAAACUAAUGCCAAUAAAACUUAUGAUUUAACUAAAAGAUUGUCAGCAAAAAAUCCAACAAAAAAAUUGGAGAUAAUUGUUGAUUUACCAGAAGAAUCUUCAAUUAAUACUGAACAAUCCAAUUCUAAACAACCUGAAACAUUAAUUUACAGACCAGAAAAAAGUAAAUCGGCACUUUAUCCUAAAGCAUUACCUUCAAAUAUAUCUACUUCAUCAGCAACAUUACCAAAGUCAAAAAUUGAUAACAAAAAUGAUUAUGGUUUGAAUGACGUAUCCGCUCGUGAUUCUUCUGAAGAUGAAUCUGGACCCAAAAAACCUGUUCCAAACUGGGCAAAACGAGAAAAUAGAAAAGCUGUACUUGAACUUCAAUAUUAUGUUGAUUCUAAAGAAAGGGACUUAUUCUUUGACUGUCCAAAAAGUAUGAGUCUUAAAGAAAUGUUCAAAGGCUGGAAUAUCCGUGAUAAACAACGUACAUCGAGUGCUGUUUGGAAUACACCUCCUCGUUAUAGUGAAUAUAGCAAAUAUUAAUUCACUUGUAUUAAUUGAGUAAGAUGAUAUUUUUGCAAGAUWUUUUUUUAUAUUAAUUGUAUUGUUUUUGUAAUUAUUACUUUUAUUAAAAUGUAUUAUA